AUGGUUUAUGGUGAUAAUAAUUCUAACAAGACGUUCUUUGGUAGACCGAAUAAUACGAUGAUGAACCAAAACGUGCCAUCAUCACCUCUCUUGACUUACUCCUAUCUAAAUAGUAAUAAUUCUAUGCAUAAUAACAAUCCAAACAAUGGUUCGUUUAAAGGUGGUGACAGUUUAGAUCAUAUACCACAACUAUCGAUGUCACUCAUGGAAUUGUCAUUAAAUCAAGAUAACAACAAUUUGCACCAUGACAUCUCUACCAGUACCUCUCCAAACAAGUUACCAUUUAAUAACAAUAUUCAACCAACUCAUCAACAAUCUCUUUCAUUGGAUUCUAAUGGUAGUCAUCAAAGGGAUCUCUCUCCAAGAUUUGACGUUCCUUUUGCUGCCAGACAAAGAGGUAAUUCUAGUGGAUUCCCUCCUAUUGGAGGACAUUUGACAACUCUCCCACCACAAAACUAUGAUAAUCAUGGAUACGUUGGUAGUCCACUUCUUGCUCCUGGUACUCCAACUAAUCCAUCAAGACAAAAUGUUAAAUUGAACACUUCUUUCAACAACAAUAUGGGAUAUACAGGAUUCCCAUCAAAUCAAGGUUCAUCAUUAUUUGGAUCUGCUGACGUUGAUCCUUUAACCUUUGGUUUGAUUCCAUCACAUCCUUCUCCUUCAAUGUCACCAAGUAACUCUCCUAGAGUUGAAUAUCAUCCAGGAAAUAAGAUCACUCAACAAACUAGAGCUUUACUUCAAGGUGGAAGAAGUAACAGUAUGCCUCCUAUUCCGGCAUUUACAUCAACAGGACUUUAUAAGAAUGAUAUAGAUAUUGAUAGAAUGAAUAACCACAUUUCUAAAUCCGUGAAUAUGAAAAUUUUGGAAGAAGAUGAAUUAGAUUCUUUUUCAAAUAAUAUUUGGUACUCCAAUAAUCCAUCUAUGUAUGUUAAUGGUGGAUAUAAUGAGGAGCAAUAUGUUGUUGGCCAUCUUGAAAUGUCACCAUCUCAAAGUAGUCCUCUUAUGACUUCCUAUGCUACUGGAUAUAUGGAAAAUGAUUAUUCUUCUUCACCAAUGGGAGGAUACAAAGCCAAUAACAAUCAAAAUGGAUUCAAACAAAUUCCAUACGGUAUUAAUUUAUUCCCAAAUACUGCUAAUGUUCAAAUGGCUGGUGGUUAUAAUCCAAACGACCAAAUCAAUCAAGAUGGUUCCAAUGGAUCUUCAACAGACAGUGAUGAUGAAGGAAAGAGUCAAAAACAUCCUGGUGAAUAUCCUUCAAGAACACUUUUUGUUAGAAAUAUUUCUAGUGUAGUUGAUGAUCAAGAAUUGAGAAUACUCUUUGAAAGCUUUGGACCAAUAAGACAAAUGUACACUUCUUGCAAGCAUCGUGGCUUUGUCAUGAUUACUUACUACGAUAUUAGACACGCCAAGCAAGCAAAGAAGAAUUUACAAUCCAAGUUAAUCAAGAAGAGAAAGAUUGAUAUUCACUAUUCCAUUCCAAAGGAAAAUCCACCAGAAAAGGAACAACUCAACCAAGAGACAUUGGUUGUUUUCAAUCUAGAUCCUUCUAUCACUAAUGAAGAGUUAAAAACUAUUUUUACUCAAUUUGGAGGAGAUGUUAAGGAAAUUAGAGAAACUCCUAACAAGAAAUUCCACAAAUUCAUCGAGUUCUAUGAUACAAGAGAUGCUGAAAGAGCAUUGAAGCAACUCAACAAGACCGAGUUGAAGGGUAAAAAGAUUAAGAUUGAAUACUCUAGACCUGGUGGUUUGAGAAAUAGAUUCCCUUCAUUCUCUGAUUCUGACUCUGGCAGUCCAACUCUUCAAGGUACUCCAGAAACUAUUGAAAUCAGCAGCUCUCUUCCAACAACCACCAAUAUUGAAACUCUCUCUCCACCAAAGAAUGAUGCUCUUCUUCAUCCUGGAAACAACAAGUCAAGACGUCCAAGAGCUAUCAGCGCUGAGGAGAAGGAACAAUUCAAAUUGGAUCUUGAAAAGGUUAGAUGUGGUAUUGAUAAGAGAACUACUCUCAUGGUUAAGAAUAUUCCAAACAAGUACACUCAAAAGAUGCUUUUGGAAACUGUAGAUGUAGAGUUCAAAACAGCAUAUGACUUUUUCUAUCUUCCUAUUGACUUUAAGAACAAGUGCAAUGUUGGAUAUGCAUUCAUCAACUUUGCUGAUCCAAAAUUAAUCAUUCCAUUUGUUGAAAGAUUCAAUAGAAAGAAGUGGGAAAAGUUUAACAGUGAAAAGGUUUGUGAUAUCACUUAUGCCAGAAUUCAAGGGAAGAUAGCACUUAUUAAUCACUUCCAAAAUUCCAGCUUGAUGUGCGAGGAAGAAGAUUGCAGACCAAUCUUUUGUUAAUCUAUAUAAUGUAAUCAUAUAAUUUGUACUACUAAUAGUAAUACAAAUUUACACCUAUUGUCGUGUUUUGCUUGUGACGACAUAUAAUUUUGUUAGGACAUAAAACAAACUGUAUACACAAUUGUGUGAUAGUAGAGAACAAUAAAUCACCAAAACAAUUUUCAUUUAUU